CGCAACACCGAGUUCGGCUACUCCCGCAAGGACGUGCUGAUCAUUGGCGGCGCCCUCACCGGCGCGGGCUUUGCCCUCUACUACGGCCUGCAGGCCACCGGCAUGGAUGCGGGCAUGGCCGGAAACUGGGCACAGCUCAUCAUUUUUGUGGGCCUCUGCUUCGGCUGGGUGGGCUCCUACCUGUUCCGUGUGGCCACCAAGCAAAUGACAUAUGUGAAGCAGCUGGAGGACUAUGAGGAGGCGGUGAUGAGGAAGCGGCUGGAGGAGAUGCCCGAGGCC